CACUAGGGGUGCAGGUAUUCUGGCCUGGAAGCAGGACCUUUCACAAGUCUCCUGUUGGCCUCUGUCCCUUCCUGAGACAUCUAACUGCUACUAUGUGUCUGUCCUCAGUGUGGCCAGGCUCUCUCGGGCUUACAGAGCACGGUGAUGUCCAGGGAGAGGAGAGCCCUUUGGGGCUGCCAGUGGCUGAGGGCAGAGACUUCUGGGAAAUCUUGAGGGUUAGAGGUGGUGUCAAGGGUCAAGGGUCAAAAGGCAGAGAAGGUGCUUGGAUGGGGCCUCAGUCCCUUGGGCACCCAGCCAGAGGAGCCGAAAGGGGAUCAGGUUGGAAGCUCCCCUCCUGCCAAGACCCAGAGAGAGCUCGCCCUCUGUCCUGCCUUUCCAAAGGCCGGGGGAACCUGCAGCCCUGGAUGCAAGGCCUUAUUGCCGUGGCUGUGUUCCUGGUCCUUGUCGCAAUCGCCUUUGCUGUCAACCACUUCUGGUGCCAGGAAAAGCCGGCACCUAUAAACAUGGUCAUGACCAUUGGAAACAAAGCAGACGGGAUCCUGGUGGGAACAGAUGGCAAGUACUCCUCAAUGGCAGCAAGCUUCAGGUCCAGUGAGCACGAGAAUGCCUAUGAGAACAUCCCAGAGGAGGAGGGCAAGGUCUGCAGCACCCCAAUGUGACCCCUGCUUGCCUGUGUCCAUGCCCAACCCCCUCCCUCUCUGUACAGGGAUCGGCAGGAAGGGGCCUGCCUUCUCCAACCUCCACGUCUGCCCCACCCUCCUGCCAAGGUCCAUGCUCAGACUGUGUCCAGGUUGGGGCUCAGCUGUGGCCUUGAGGUUCUAGGGGGUCUCCUGCCCAAUUCAUUUCAGAAGACUCUUCUGAAAAGGACAAUCAGCUCAGCACCUCCCAUCCUGCCUCACAUCUCCCUCCCCAGACUGUGGGAACAGCCCUUAUUUCUGUGAAAUAAAGACAUUUUGUACUUCUGGG